AUGUCCGGAAAGGGUGGCAAGAAGAGUGGCAGUGGAGCAAAGUCUCGCUCCGCCAAGGCUGGUCUACAGUUCCCUGUUGGGCGUAUCGCAAGGAAUCUAAAGAAGGGUCGUUAUGCUAAGCGCGUCGGUUGUGGAGCGCCAGUCUAUUUGACCGCUGUUCUAGAAUAUCUCGUCGCUGAGAUUCUUGAGCUCGCUGGUUACGUUGCGCGAGACCACAAGAAAACUCGUAUAAUACCUCGGCACAUCCGUCUGGCGGUCCGCAACGAUGAGGAACAUAGCAAAUUCCUCGCUGGUUGUUGCGGUGAUGUUUUGCCCAACAUCCACACUACACUUCUCCCCAAGGAAGGAGCGAAGAAGGAGACUUUCAACAGCUAUAUUUACAAGGUGUUGAAGCAAGUGCAUCCUGAGACUGGUAUCUCCAAGAAGAGCAUGAUGAUCAUGAACUCCUUGGUGAGCGACACCUUCAACCGAAUAGUCUCUGAGGCUGGGCGACUUUGCAAGUAUAGCAAUAAGGGAAUUCUGUCUAGCCGCGAGCUUCAGACUGCGAUUCGCCUGGUUCUUCCAAGUGACCUCGCUAAGCACGCCGUUAGCGAGGGAACUAAAGCAGUGACCAAAUUCACUUCUGCUGUUGUGUAUGAUGACAGUGUAUAUGAAACCAUGUAG